CGGAGCCCCAGAUGGGUAUAAUACAAGGCAGCGUACAGGGAAGGGAUUUAGCAGAGACAGGAGGGAGGCAAGCAGUGGCAAGAGGGGAAGGUGCUGCCGGCCCGUGGCCACGCCGCUCACCAGCACCGAUGGGCACCAUGGACCUGGCGGGGAGGGGCAUGAUGAACAUUGAAGUGCACAACAUCACCUACACCAGUGCCACCAUCUCCUGGGCCAUGAACAACCCCUGUCCAGAGAACUACUACCAUGUCAUGUACCGCCCCAACUGGAACAGCAUCUUCGCUGGCUAUUUACGCCAAAACUUGCACCGUGAGGAGCGAGUUCCUCACCCCCUCAGCUCCCUCGUCCUCCAUCAACUCACGCCAUCCACCAUAUACGUCCUCUGCAUCACGUGCAAGAACUCUUACCCCUCUGGCAACCACUGCACCACAUUCCACACUCUGGACAAAACCCCCCUGGUUUUUGGCAGCUCUAAGCAUGAACCUACCACCUCCAUGUGGAUGGUGAGCAGCCUGCUGCUCCUCUGCUUCAUAGCUCUCCUGGCCUAUGGCUGCCUGCAGUUCUGGUCCGCCCGCUGCCACUGGGCUGCGAUGCUGAAGCAUCCCAACACCAGCCCUGAAGAAGUGGAUGAAGGCAGCAGCUCGCUGGAGGGGCUGCCAAAUGAUGGACUGAGAGAGGAGCUUCUGGAAGUCCCCAUGACCACUGUGCUAAUGAGGAGCUCCAGUUUCAUAAGGGAGAGUCCAUAUAGCUCCCCUCACUGCUUUUUUUCCUAUAAGAAUAGUGAUGAAAAAAGGGCCAUCUUGCCACAACAUAGCCUUCAAUGACAGCAAAAUAAAGGGAGACCCUGCCUGGAAGUUUGUUUUGUGCUGUUCUUUCCCAACUCUUGCCAACAGGUCUCUCUAUCUGUCCACAGGGUCUGUUUGUCCCAGGGUAGAACAUGAAGCAGGGACAUCAGUUGCAGGGAGAAAGAUUUUUGUCAAGUGACAAAAAUAUACUCAUUUGCUGAGGAUGUUCUUAAAAGAAACCAAGUCAGCUCUCUGGGUAUGGCCACGGCU